UUUUUCUUAAAGGUGACGUCAUGUUCCGCAGAGACAGCUGAUGCGCCGAGUCUUCGUCCUCCCGAACUGUUCCUGAAUACAUGUUGAUCCUCAAACAGUGAGUGGUCAUUUUGGUUCAUUAACUACAAGUUAACCAGUAUGUUGCAGAGGGACAGAAUACCGCUGCAACUGAUUUUUCUUCAAGUUGCGCUCGUCGUGACGUGGUGUUUCACUGACAUGGAAACCGGGCCUGGCGCAAGUGUAUCGACUCAGCCGAAUGGAGAUCGUUUCAAAAUCGAGGGAAGAGCAAUAGUUCCGGGGAUUAAAACGCAAGAUUGGGUAUCCACAGCCAGAGUCCUGGUAGAGGGAGAAGAAUAUGUGGGGUUUCUGAGAACUGAUGGGAGUUUUGCUGUGAAUGAUGUCCCUUCAGGAUCUUAUGUUGUCGAGGUUGUUACCCCCACCUAUAGAUUUGAAGCAGUGCGUGUUGAUAUCACAACCAAGGGGAAAAUGAGGGCGCGCCUUGUCAACUACAUCAAGACAUCAGAGGUAAUUCGCCAGCCGUACCCUCUUCAGAUUAGAGCUAGCGGCCCCCACAGCUACUUCAUGAAGAGAGAAACCUGGGGAUGGACAGACUUCCUUAUGAACCCAAUGGUCAUGAUGAUGGUUCUGCCCCUGCUGAUCAUUGUUUUGCUGCCCAAGGUGGUCAACACCAAUGACCCAGAGAUGAGAAAGGAAAUGGAACAAUCCAUGAACAUGUUGAAUCCCAACCCUGAGCUUCCAGAUGUCUCUGAGCUCAUGACCAAGCUCUUCUCUGGCUCUAAGGGCUCUAGCAAGGCAGGCAGCAGCAGCAAGGGCACCAGGCCAGCUGCCAAGAGGAGGUAGUACUGCACAUCUCUCCUAAAUCUGCCGACAGAAGCUUGACUUAUGCCAUGAAAGCAAGAUUUUUAAAUGUAAUGUUUUUCUUCUGGGUACAGAUUUCUUUAUUAAUAGAUGUUUUGAGCACAUCAGGAUUCCUAAUGUUAUUGGAAACUGAGCAAAAUAUUUUUUUUUCAUACUGCACUGACAGAACAUCCUGCAAAAGCUGUUCUUCAUUUGCUCUUUACUUUGUACAUGUGACUGUACUACUCAUCAAUCUGUUCUGUGUUAACCCUCUGUUGUGCAUUUAUCUACAGCUGCUAAUUCCACUACCUGAAAGAGAGCAUAUAUACAUAUUCAGAAACUUUCUUGUUUUCUCUUUUUCGGUUUCGGUAAUACGACUGUGAAUGAAGAUGAAUUGAAUUUUAAGAUUGAUGAAUUCUUAUUUAAAAACCUAGAGAAAUAAAUUGCAAUGGUAUAUGACAACUAUAUUUUCAUUUCAGUCCAUCUUAUUUCAGAAUGAACAUGUGACCUUUUCAUUUUUUUGAAUUACUGUGGUCAACUAUCUGGAUAGAAUUCAUAGACUGUCAAUUAUGUGCCUAAGGUAUAUGGAUUAAAUUGAUAACCUCUGGGAGUUCAAAGAGUCAAAGAGCUGCUUGUCUGCUUUCACAGUCUCUAGAUAUUGUAACUGGCUUUACUUUUACUAAAGUGGACUGUCGAGUCCAUAUUAAAGUCAUUAUAAAAUGUGUUUGUGAUAACUAUUCUCAUUUCAUCCCUCUUCAAAUCAUGGUAUCUGAAUUGAAAUAAUUAUCAGUAACUACUAAUAGUGUUUGAUUAACGAGAAGUUCAGCUCAAAGUCUUGUUGCUAGCUUUCUUCAUAGCUUUCAGUCCUAUCACAUGUUCAUCGUCAGAAUAUUGUACACUGACAGUCAUUACAAACUUUGAGACCAUAUUUUUCAACAAAAUUUUUAUUUUGAAGCCCGAAACUGGAUUUUCUUCAUAUGAAUCAUUUGUUUAGUAUAUUGGCAUACAGAAACAAAAAAUCUAAAGUUUCAAGAAUGAUUUCAAAAUAAAGAAUUUCACAAAAGAAAACGGCACCUGCCAAACACAAAGUCACAACAGUCAAUACCGAGUAUGGCCUCCAUUUGCUUCGAUGCAGGCAGCAAUCCGUCGGCGCAUGCUUUGGACCAGGCUUCUGAUUGUGGGUUGGGAACAGCCCAUACGCCUGGCUACAUCACUGUAGCUCAAACCGGCCUCCACCAUACCCAGUGCCCGGAGACGUUCAUGUGAUAGACGUGGCAUGAUGCUGUUCACUGGACUAACAAUGGUGGCCUUUUUUGGGCCUUUAUAUAGGCCUUCAAAACCCAUUCUCAAAUUGAGUAUUGCUUGAUGUGUAUUUGGUUCACUUUUGCAAAGUGACCAACCCAUGUGCAAUGAAUCAUGACAAAAUGACAACUCAUCAUUAUCGUAACUACCAGGGCACUAGAUCAUCAGUAAAUCCACAAUGAAUAAUUACAACCCCCCUACAAGUAGAAUUCUGCGUACAUUUCUACCUCAAAGUUUCUAUUGACUGUCAGUAUACUUGCAAAGUUGUUCUGGAGAUGAAUCUGGCAUGCAAGCUCUGUAGCUGAUGUGAUUUUGCUUUCAGUUACCAUUAACAGGUUUUGACCAUACUCCGGCAGGAAUGACUCUUUGUUUUGCUUGUAUCUAAUGCAUGCACACAAGUUUUUAAGCAGCAUAAUGUAUACUACACUACCACAGACUUUCAGCUGUUCCUUUGAUCAACACUUCAUUGUCUUCUCAUUUUUUGAGGAAAAACAUUUUCAGUAAGGAAAAACUUGGUUGUAAAUUUAAGAAGGAAAAUAAUUUGAUGAGUUUUAUUAGUUGCUUCUGUUUCAGGGUGCAAAGAAUUGAAUGCUGGCUUCUAGUCCUAUUGUUACUAUUUACACAUUCAAAUAAAUAUUUUUAAAUGUGAAAUAAAUGUUUACAUAAACAUGCAAAAACACAAUUGAAGCGCUGUCAAGAGCCAAUCCAACAGAUGGCAUUAUAUCUGUAACACCCCGUUGGCCUAUCAGAAGCCUGAUAAAAAGCUAUUACUGAAGGUAAUAUAGUUUGACUCACUGGAUGUAGGCUCCAGGUAUAAAUCUGUUGUUUCCAGCAGCUUUCUCCUCCUCUUUCACUGUCUGUGUGUUAUGUUUCUCAAAAUUCCCUUUGCUACAGGAAACAACUUCCAAGCAGCAACCUUGAUGCUGAAAAUGGCAAGUUUUGCUGAGGUUUUGGAUUGUGCAGUAAGGCAGGCCUGCUUAGUACUUUCGCUAAAUUAUCCAUUUUAGUGACUGUUCACCUGCAUGCAAUCAGUUCCCCAAUGUUAUUCUGCAGGAGAACUGUCACUACACCACUCAAGACGAUUGCGACUGGUUUUAAGAUGUGAUCAAACGUCCAGGAAAUGUGUAUGUUGAACAUUUUUAGAAUUUCUCUGAAAGUGUAGUGUAAUAUUUUUUGGGUGCAAUAUACUAAAAUUAAAGAUGAUGUAAUUAUGGCAAAUGCUAUUAAACUGAAGAAUAGAGUUAAGAUGUGUAUAAAAUGCAAAAAAGUUUAAAUUCUAAUAAUCACUGAUGUUUUGAUGGUAUUGUGUGUCUGUGGUGGACAUACAGUGGGUAUGGAAAGUAUUCAGACCCCUUGAAAUUUUUCACUCUCUGUGUCAUUGCAGCCAUUUGCAAAAAUCAAAAAAGUUCAUUUUAUUUCUCAUUAAUGUACACUCAGCACCCCAUCUUGACAGAAAUAAACAGAAAUGUAGAAAUUUUUGCAAAUUUAUUAAAAAAGAAAAACUGAAAUAACACAUGGUCAUAAGUAUUCAGACCCUGUGCUCAGUAUUGAGUAGAAGCACCCUUUUCAGCUAGUACAGCCAUGAGUCUUCUUGGGAAUGACACAAGUUUUUCACACCUGGAUUUGGGGAUCCUCUGCCAUUCUUCCAUGCAGAUCCUCUCCAGUUCUGUCAGGUUGGAUGGUGAACGGUGGUGGACAGCCAUUUUGAGGUCUCUCCAGAGAUGCUCAAUUGGUUCUAGGUCAGGGCUCUGGCUGGGGCAGUCAAGAACGGUCACAGAGUUGUUCUAAAGCCACUCCUUUGUUAUUUUAGCUGUGUGCUUAGGGUCAUUAUCCUGUUGAAAGGUGAAUCUUCGGCCCAGUCUGAGGUCCCGAGCACUGUGGAAGAGGUUUUCCUCCAGGAUAUCUCUGUACUUGGCCGCAUUCAUCCUUCCUUCAAUUGCAACCAGUCGUCCUGUACCUGCAGCUGAAAAACACCCCCACAACAUGAUGUUCCCACCACCAUGUUUCACUGUAGGGAUCGUAUUGGGCAGGUGAUGAGCAGUGCCUGGUUUUCUCCACACAUACGGCUUAGAAUUAACACCAUAAAGUUCAAUCUUGGUCUCAUCAGACCAGAGAAUCUUAUUUCUCAUAGUCUGGGAGUCCUUCAUGUGUUUUUUGGCAAACUCUAUGUGGGCUUUCAUGCGUCUUGCACUGAAGAGAGGCUUCCGUCGGGCCACUCUGCCAUAAAGCCGCGACUGGUGGAGAGCUGCAGUGAUAGUUGACUUUGUGGAACUUUCUCCUAUCUCCCGACUGCAUCUCUGGAGCUCAGCCACAGUGAUCUUUGGGUUCUUCUUUACCUCUCUUACCAAGGCUCUUCUCCCACGAUUGCUCAGUUUAGCUGGACGGCCAGGUCUAGGAAGAGUUGUGGUCGUCCCAAAACUUCUUCCAUUUGAGGAUUAUGGAGGCCACUGUGCUCCUAGGAACCUUGAGUGCUGCAGAAAUUCUUUUGUAACCUUGGCCAGAUCUGUGCCUUGCCACAAUUCUGUCUCUGAGCUCCUUGGGCAGUUCCUUCGACCUCAUGAUUCUCAUUUGCUCUGACAUGCACUGUGAGCUGUAAGGUCUUAUAUAGACAGGUGUGUGCCUUUCCUAAUCAAGUCCAAUCAAUUUAAGUAAACGCCGCUGGACUCCAAUAAAGAAGCAGAACCAUCUCGAGGAGGAUCAGAAGAAAUGGACAGCAUGUGAGUGAAAUAUGAAUGUCGCUGCAAAGGGUCUGAAUACUUAUGACCAUGUGAUAUUUCAGUUUUUCUUUUUUAAUAAAUUUGCAAAAAUUUCUACAUUUCUGUUUUUUUCUGUCAAGAUGGGGUGCUGAGUGUACAUUAAUGAGAAAUAAAAUGAACUUUUUUGAUUUUCGCAAAUGGCUGCAAUGACACGGAGAGUGAAAAAUUUCAAGGGGUCUGAAUACUUUCCGUACCCACUGUACACAGCUGGAAGAUCGUAAAGUCAAACAUGUAUUUUUGGUGUCAAGACAAAUCACGUGUUUUAGAAAAUGAUAUGUGGAGUACGCAAAACAUAAUUGUGUAAACUUAAGGCAAUCUAACUUUUAAAAGAGAUCUAUAAGAAACAUAAUACGUAAUGAAAUCUGUCUCAAAAUAAUCGGGAUAAAAUGUGCAGAGGAGCUGAGGCAGAGUCUGAACAUAUCUGGGCAUGUUCUUUAUAAAACAUGACCUAAUGAUAAUGACCUCUGUAGGGUGUGACCUAAUGGUGAAACAUGAUAACCUGAUGUCAAUAUCUGAUGACUAAAUGUAGAAAAGUAUAAUGAUAAUGGUGUCAAAACUCUCCAAUAAUACACCCAAUUAGCGUGGAAAAAAUGGCCAACUCUGUCAGCAUAAAAUACGAUGCAUAGCUCAGUAUCUCCUGUUUUUCUUAGGGGUGCAAAUCACUUCUAAGAACUACUGCUGGAUUUUCUGUCAAUAAAUCCUGCUGCCUCUAAA